AGGAGCUUAGCUUGGUUCCUAUUACGAUUCGCUUUAAUUACACCAAACUUGAGGCGUGCGCUCGUCAUCAACAUUGCCGCCCCCAUCGACGUCGGGUUCUUCAAGACAGUGCAUCUCUACGACCCAGUCAGAGGCCGAGGUUAUUCCUGCCAGUUAUCUACGGUAACAGCCCAGUCACUUCUUGGAGAGUCGACACCGCGGGUGGUCAAUUCGAAGAUGCACUUCGCGUAUCCUUCGCGCAAGAGCUCCAAUCCACCACCUUUCCGUCCACGACAGUCCAGGAUACCGAUACCAACCCUAAGAAAGGGCCGCCUCAAAUCAAUCGCCGUCAUCGCCACAAUAAUCAUUGGGUCGUUCUGGAUAAUAUCGAAGCUGUUCGACUCCCGUGAUGCGCCUCUUUUCAGGCGACCGUCGGGAAAUCCCCCGGUGGUGUUAGUGACGGUGCUGGACGAGAGAAAACAUGGCAUGGGCCACAGCCAAAGUAUAAGAGAGAACCGGGAACAAUAUGCCAAGCGACACGGAUACGAAACCAUGUUUGUACACGCCGGCGAUUACGAGCUCGAAGAGACGGCGGGGUCGUGGGCCAGGACACCGGCCAUGCGCCACGCAUUGACGAAUUUCCCCGAAUGCCGCUACGUCUGGUUUCUCGACCAGGACGCCUACAUCAUGGAACCGGCCAAGUCUUUGGAGGAGAGGUUGUUGGAGCCGGAUCUUCUGGGCAAGAUCAUGCGCAGGGACAUCUCGGUCGUCCCUAACAGCAUCAUCAAGACGUUCUCUCACCUGAAGGGAGGUGAUAUUGAACUGGUGCUGACGCAGGACUUCGAGGGAUUGUCGACGGGAAGCUUGGUGGUGCGAAACGGCGAAUGGGCCAAAUUUUUCUUGGAGACAUGGUUUGACCCGUUGUACCGGUCGUACAAAUUCCGCAAAGCUGAAGAGCAUGCUCUGGAACAUAUGGUCCAGUGGCAUCCGACCAUCCUGUCCAAGUUGGCUGUCGUUCCGCAAAGGACUAUCAACUCAUACAUUAAGGGCAACGAGGAGGAAGGAUUCCAGGAAGGCGACUUUGUCGUGCGGGCAGCGGGUUGCGGGCGCGAGGGUGCGCCGAGUUGUGAGGAGCAGCUCUCGAAAUACAGGGCGACAUGGCAGCAGGCGUUUAGCCAGGCGUAGGUAGGCAAAGAGGACGAGAGGCGCAUCAAGGCGUUUGUUAUACUGGCGAAAAUUGGGAGGGCCUUUUGACUCUAUAUGCAUACCAGAGAGGGAAGCGUUUGUGGCG